UGUCACGACCCCGACACGUGCGCUGCAUGCGGCCGAGACGGGGUUCUUCUUAACCGAGGCCCCGCGGCUCGCGUUCAAGGCAUCGCCGGUGGGAAGGGUUCGAACACCGAGGAGAGCGUUACCGUCGAAAGAUGCCGGGGCUGACGAUCGGAGACACCGUAGCUGACCUGGAGCUGGAGACCACCCAGGGGAAGAUAUGGAUCCACGACUACGUCGGCGAUGGCUAUUGCAUCGUCUUCUCUCACCCCGCUGACUUCACGCCGGUGUGCACCACGGAGCUGGGGAUGAUGGCGAAGUACGCGCCGGAGUUCGAGAAGAGAGGGGUGAAGCUGCUCGGCUUAUCGUGCGACGACGUAGAGUCCCACAAGGAAUGGAUCAAGGACGUGGAGGCUUACACGCCGGGGAGCCUCGUGACGUAUCCGAUUGCGGCGGACCCAAAGAGGGAGGUGAUCAAGCAGCUUAACAUGGUGGAUCCCGACGAGGAGGACGCCAGCGGAAACCAGCUUCCGUCGAGGGCACUGCAUGUUGUCGGACCAGAUAAGAAGGUGAAGCUGAGCAUGCUGUACCCGGCGUCGACGGGGCGGAACAUGGACGAGGUGUUGAGGGUGGUGGACUCACUGCAGAAGGCGGCGAAGCACAAGGUGGCGACGCCGGUGAACUGGAAGCCGGGGGACCCGGUGGUGAUCUCGCCCAGCGUGUCGAACGAGGAGGCCAAGCAGAUGUUCCCGCAGGGGUUCGAAACCACGGAUCUGCCGUCCAAGAAGGAGUACCUCCGCUUCACCCAAGCUUGAUGCAUGUGGUCAUGGUCAUGGUCAUGGUCAUUGCUGUUAUGCUAUUGUGGUGAGCAGUAGUGUAUAUGAUGAGCAGUGUCGGAUUGUUGUGUCGCUGUUUCUGUGGGUUGUCUGUCUCUCUUCCUAAUACUCUCUCUCUUUCUCUCUCUCUCUGUGUCGCUCAUGUUUUGUGCAGAGUUAAAUAGUCAAAAGGCGUUACGUUAACUAUA